CCCGCGGUGACAGCUUUGGGGGCAGCAGGACAACCCCCCACAGCGAAUGUGCUGCCACGCAGCAACAAAACCAGCCGCCUUGUUGUGGUCAGCGGUGCGUCCCCACAGUUCCGCUCAACCACGUCGACCCCAUUAAUGGAGGGGGCCACAUACCACCCCGAUCCUGCCCCCCAAAAGCAGGGGUGCUCCAGCUCCCCGUGGGCACCGUCCCAGCCCUGCUGUGUCCCCGCAGGCCUCGCGCCAGGCUGGGCUGCAUUCCGCGCUGACAGGGCGCUUUGUUUUGUGCCGAGCAGACAAAAGGGGCAGUCAGACGCGGGCGGCGCUUUGUGCUGGCGGCCAUGAGCUGAGGCAGCAGCAGUCCUCACUGCCACGCUGCCUCCCAGCCCCAGCAGCCUGUCCUGCAGCAGCCAUGCCCCAGCAGCCAGGCCUGCACCCACCAUGGCACCCCUGCCUGGCUGGGAAGGGGAGCAGGGCCUGGUUGCCAUGGUUACCAGGAGGCUUUGGGCCUAGGUAGGCCUCGUUGCUAUGGUUACUAUGGGUCUUCAGACCCAGGUAGGCCUCGUUGCCAUGGUUCUGUGGGGCUUCAGGCCUAGGUAGGCCUCAUUGCCAUGGUUACUGUGGGGCUUCAGGCCUAGGUAGGCCUCAUUGCCAUGGUUCUGUGGGGCUUCAGGCCUAGGUAGGCCUCAUUGCCAUAGUUACUGUGGGGCUUCAGACCCAGGUAGGCCUCGUUGCCAUGGUUACUGUGAGGCCUAGUGCCUCUGAGGCCCAUGGUGGCCCUGCACCCCCACAGGCCUGGCAUCAUCUGUGGGCCCAGGGAGCGAGCCAUGGGGACCUGAAGGCCCCACAGCAGCUCCCACCACUGCCCCACGUCCCUUCUGUGGUGUGAGGAGGGCUGGAGGAUGCAACCACACCAUGUUGUCCUCGCUGCCCAAGCACACAGGGCAGAGGACCCCAGACGGUGCCACGCUGCUUCCCACCUGCCCCCAGGCCAGGCCAGCCCCGUGACGGCGCGCUGCAUUGCCCCUGGAAAAUGCCAGAAGCGUCAAACUGUUGAGUCAUUCGCGCCCAAGAUUAUCUGUACAAACAGCCGUCCCUGAUUAUUUUUGUUAUGAUCUUUUUUUUUUUUCUUUUUUUUCCUUUUAUUUUUUUUUUUCCCCCAAGAAUGUAGCUCGGACCAUGGGGAUGAGCUGCUGAAAUCUCCGGGGAUCAGCAGGACAAUGCCAGUGGGAGCAUUGUGCUGACGGCUCUGCAAACGCUGGCACCGGCUCCGGGCCAGCAGCGCCCUAUAAAAGCUGAGCCGCUGAAGUAGGCAGACAUGACAUGGGCGAAGCAGCUGUACCGCCUGAGCUAGACACCUUUCCAGCAGCAAAGAUGGCUCAGACAAACCCUCUGCCUGUCCCCAUGGGCCCAUGGAAGAUCACUGUGUACGACCAAGAAAACUUCCAGGGCAAGAGGAUGGAGUUCACCUCGGCCUGUCCAAACAUCAUGGAGUGUGGUUUCGACAACAUCCGCUCCCUAAAGGUGGAAUGUGGCGCCUGGGUUGGUUAUGAGCACACCGGUUUCUGCGGGCAGCAGUUCAUCCUGGAGAGGGGCGAGUACCCGCGCUGGGACGCCUGGAGCGGCAGCAAUGCCUACCACAUCGAGCGCCUCAUGUCCUUCCGCCCCGUCUGCUCUGCUAAUCACAAGGAAUCCAAGAUCACCGUCUAUGAGAAAGACAACUUUAUCGGCCGCCAGUGGGAGAUCAGCGACGACUACCCCUCGCUGCAGGCCAUGGGCUGGGCCAACAACGAAGUGGGCUCCAUGAAGAUCCCCUGCGGCGCCUGGGUUUGCUACCAGUACCCCGGGUACCGUGGCUACCAGUACGUCCUGGAGGCCGACCACCACGGGGGAGACUACAAGCACUGGAGAGAGUGGGGCUCGCACGCCCAGACCUCCCAGAUCCAGUCCAUCAGGCGCAUCCAGCAGUAGCUGCCUGGCGCCCGGCCCCACUUCUGAGCACAUCUUUGCAAGGUUUCUAAAGCUCACCGGCUCCCUUUUGGUGCUAAUAAUCCCCUCCUGAAAUAACAACCCCUUCUUGUACUGCAACCGCUUGAUGGAACAACACUUCUAAACGGUACCAGCUGCCACAAACUGCCAAUAAAUAAAUGU